AUGAGGACAGCGGUGCUGGCAGCGACGCUGCUGUGCUGCUGCGUUGUCACUUCACUCCUGCAGCAAGCCCAGGCGCUGCAGUUUCAGGGCACAAGCUAUGCCCAGUACGCGUUUGAGACAGGCUACACGCAAAACUCAAUCAGCCUCACCUUCCGCACACGCGACGAGGCUGCCUUGUUGCUCUUCAUAGGCCCCGACUCUGGAAAGGCAGAUUAUCUGUCAAUCGUGCUUGUGGACGGUCGUGUUGUUGUUUCGUUCGAUCUUGGUGGUGGCGAAACGCUGCUGUCAUCGGAGGAUCGGUACGAUGAUGGGUUUGAUCACACCGUCUUCUUCAGGCGCCAGGCCCUGGCUGCAACGCUGCGGGUUGACGACUCCCUCAUCGCAUCAGCAACUGCACCGGGUACCUCCAAUACGCUGAGCGUGGCCGGGCUCGAUGGCAACGGCAUCAUCUUCCUCGGUGGCCUCAACCCAGCCUAUAGCAUGGCAGCCAGAAGCGCAACAAGCGAGUUUUCUCUGGCGCCUGGCCUGAAUGGCUGUGUGCUUGCAAGCACCGUUGACGGAACAGAUCUCUUGGCGAUGGCACCGAUGCAGCAAGUCCAAGUCCUGUCGGACUGCGGCCUGCCCGCAUGCUCUUUGCCUGCAGGCUUCCUCUGUCCAUCCAUGGCACGCCCCAUCUGCUCCGGAACGACUGCGUCUCCUUCGGUUGUUUGUGAAUGUGACGAGCUGGCUGCAGGUGGCGAGUGCAACUUCAUUGUCGCAGCCUUCACCGCUGGCAGCGACGGCAUUGGCACGAUUCUUCAGGAUCCCAUUGCCACCGAAACGUUUACGCUCGUCCUUGAUGUCAAUCCCUCCGUGGACCUCCAAGACGCGGACCUUGUCACGUUCAGCCCAAAUCCGGCUGUGCCCGGCGACACAUUUGAGCUUUCUCUGGUGGCCGGUCGUCUGCUCCUCUCGUAUUCCCUCGGCUCCGGCACCGCCAUCACCAUCGCUGAUGAUGCGCUUCCUGUGGAUCAGUGGUCGCGGGUUUGGGUUCAACUCAACCAGAGAACGGCAACGGUUACGGUCGACGACACACCGGUCGCAACUGCAACCUCGAAUCCCGGAUCCACCGUCCUCAACAUCCCCGCCGGCGCCAUGCUCAUGUUCUGCCCAUGUGUUGUGAACCCCACACCCUAA